GACUAUAAAUAAGCCAUGCCGCAGAAUGCCGGUUAUCCAUUUUCGGUGAAACUCUUCGAACCACUCGACGUCCCGGUUGUUCCAGAAUGUUAAAACUAGUGGUGUGCUUGUCGGUGAUCGGGCUGGUUGCCAGCUACGAUUUUAAGGACUCGUUCUACAAUGAGCACCUCAUGGAGGAUUUGUUGGACGAUCGCGCCACCCUAACCUUGAUGGAUCGGUUCAAGCGAGCUGCUGCGGAUGGUUCCGGGGAAGACAAAUGCAAACGCCAGAACAAGCACAAAUGCUGCAACGACAGCAACGAGGAGAAUCUGGACAAAAUCAAGGAACUGAAGAAGGAAUGCUACAACGAGGUCAAGGCCAAGGAUGAAGCCGGCACCGUUCAGGAGCCGAUCGAUUUCUUCUCCUGUGAGAAAAUCAACAAAACCAAGCAGGACAUCGUCUGCACUGCCGAGUGCGUUGGCCGCAAGAAGAACGUCAUCGAUGAGAAGGGAGAUCUGCUGGCCCCGGCCGUCCUGAUUCCAUUCGUGAAGGAGAACUUCGCUGCCGAUGCCUGGCAAGAACCACUGAUCGCUGGAUUCGUUGAUACCUGCCUGAAGGAGGUUGCCGAUAAGAAGGCCACCCGGAAGGAUGAAUACCGUUGCAAUCCGGCCUCGUCCCACUUCGGAUACUGUAUGUGGCGCCAGAUGACCCUGGCCUGCCCCAAGGAGAUGCAGGAAAGCUCCAAGAAGUGUGACAAGAUCCGCGAGAAAUUGGCCAAGAAUGAACCGGUCUCCAUGUACAAGUCCCAUGACUUCGAUGAUAACUAAGGCAAGUUGAUUUUUGGUAUGAGAAAGUUUCGUUCGACUGAUACUGAGGUGAUUUUUUAUAUGAGUGAUUUAAUGCUGAUCAAUCAAUAAAACGUUUAAAACCUA